GCCGUCAUCGUGUGUUUGAUCGUCACUGCUGGACGACCCGAUAUUCGGCUGUGACAAUUACCGAGCCUCCGUCGCGUCCAUGCACGCGAGAUACACGCCGUGAUGACGGAUGCGAGAUAGAAACGUGCCGACAGGCGCCACCGAGGAGGUCACGGAGUAGGUACGGAUACGUGGUGGCCGAGAGCGAGAAGGAGGAUCAUGGCUUUUCCGCCCUUAGUCAGCUCCACGCCUCCACCCUUAGACAACUUUGGAGAGUCUGAUGAGGAUGAAUUCGGAGACUUCACAACUGGUGGAAUAGAUGGCUUAUCUGUUUCGUCAGAAUCCCCGCAGAAACUUGUCACUCCGAUAGAAACACCAAUAGCAUCACAUAACGUAUCUCCUAGGAUAAACGGUAUUAACGAGUCACCAGUAUUGGAUGGUCGCCCUAAAAUAAAAAGCGAAGCCUUGAAAUGUAGAACUAUUGACGGCCUCUUGAUCGUUGAGAAGACAGGGGACAACGUGAGCCACAUAGAACUGAAGGAUAGAACAGAUAACAGUAGCGUAUUGGAAAACCAUUUUGACAACGCUAGUAUAACAGAACACAGUGUAUUAGAUUCACCUAGAAAUGGCGAGUCGCAUAACGUUGAGACUAGUAAUAGCAUUGACCACGUUUGUACUCAGAAUGUUUUAGCUAAGGAAAAUUUUGUUGAUACGGAUGUAAUUAGUAGCAACAACAGUAGUUUAGCGGAUAGUGUAAAAACAGCCAGCGAGCAGGAGGGAUCGUCGUCGAACGGUUUGGAGGUGAACGAUGACGUGGAACCCGCAAGCUUGGAUUUGGAGGACCCUUCGAGCACACCGGACAUUCUGCAGCAACUGGACGACGACUUUUACAACUACGAACAGUUCAAAGAUGCGACUGAGUGGAACGAUACUGACAACAAGACAGAUGUAACUGUGACGGUUCUGCAGACGGAUUACUUAAACGAUGACAAGCCUAAUUCCGAUAUAGAAUAUCACAUAGCGAAUGAAGUAGAAGAAACUUACACGUCAUACAACACGAGUGACACUCGUGUCGAUGGUACUAACGACAAAGCUGUCUUCAUCCACGAUGAAAGGACAAUUUCCGAUUUCGUUACCUCGCCGGAACUUAACGUAGACAGCGCCGAUGUAUUUGGUCAGCCAGAUUGUGAAUUCAGUAUUCAAUCGAAAUACAUAGAGAUGUACAAUGAUGUAAUAUCUAACCAUGAGACGAGUAGUGAGAAAUCCAAGGCGCUGCACGAUUCUUUCAAUUUUGAUUUCAAUUUCGAUGAUUCCGGAAGAGAAGAAUCAAAUUUAGAUUGCACAUCUGUACAUACCCAGGAUGACGUCCGCUUUCAAGAGUUUAGCACGAAGGAUGAUGCGAGUACUUUUCCUAAUAACUUCUACGAUGUAAAAAAUACCACACAAUCAAAAGAAAGCGAUUACGUAGCCGUAGAAAUGCAAAAUCAAAUUGUUCAAAAAGCGAGUGUGAAUGGGACAAUCGAGGAAAUUUCUGUUUAUGUGAAAGACGAGCGGAACGAUGAAGAUGUGCGUGAGCAGCAGAUUUUGGAAAAUGGAUUUGAUACACACGAUGUAGAUAAUUCUGAUUUUACAGAAUUCAUAGAGCAUAAAGAUUUCGGCGACGUAUCGGAGUUCACAAGCGACUUUAGUCCGGUAUCCGCUAACAAUAAAUACGAAACAGUACAAAUUCAUGAUUCACAUACAUCCUCAUCCGAUACGUCUUGUAUACAAAAGCUUUCGUCGAUCGAAGAAGCCUCACUGCCAUCCGAUACACCCCUCGACUGCUUACAAGAUAAUCCUACUGCGAGCGAAGAAUGUGCCACAUACAAAAGCGGAAAUUCUGUAGUAUACUUUAGCGAUGGCGAAUUUUAUGAUUUCCAUUUGGAUAAGAUCGAGCCAGUAGCAACGGAAGUACAAGAGAACAGUUGUCUCGAAUUCGAAAGUGCGGAGAACGAAGACGACGACGAUGACGACGACGAUUUUGGCGAUUUCGCUAAUUUUUCGAGCGCAGCGGUAGACGAUGCUAAAGAACUGAAGGUACCUGAGGACGAUGACGACGACGACGACGAUUUCGGAGACUUCAGCAAUUUCGAAACAUCAAUGGGUGUAGUAGAGACCCAACAGUUUAGUUUGAAAGAAUCUAUAUGUCGGAUAGAAAACAAGAACGCCUCGAAUAAAAUAGAAGAUAUAAUAACAAACAUGUUUCCCGUAAUUUCUGAGCAUCAUGAAGUUGAGUUAAAGCCGUUAAUAGACAAGGCGGAUAAAGUUUGGCAGAAUAUGAAGAGUGUGGAAGAAACCAAUGCUCUUACCUACCAAUGGGCGAAUAGUAGUAGUAACAAUGUUCUUCUGAAUGCUCUCGGCAUCGAUUCCAGAAAUAUUCUGUUCGGGCCGAGGUGGAAUCCGAAUGUACCAAGGUUUGCUGCAAAUCUCGGCUUUACUCCGUUGGAACCGAUUAAAGCUACUGCUGAUCUUCAGCAGCCUUGUACAUCCAUCAUCAACAAGACGCAAGGCGCAGCUUGUUCAGAUGAAGUACCUGCCGCCCAGUUUGAUUGGAAUAGUUCUGGCCUUGUAAAUCCUCUAGAUGCUAGUGGUGGGUUGUCUGCUCUUCUGCCUCUGGAUUUGUUGUGUCCGUUUGAUCCUCUAUUAACACCCCAUUGCUCCACACAUUCCGAAUCCUAUCAUCAGUCAGCUUGUUCAACGAACUCCGUUUAUUACUAUUCAUCGGAAGAACCAAGUAGUCAAUCUGUGAAAUCACCAAACUUAUCCGAUCUUACUAGUGCUUCAUUGAGACAGCAGAAACCAUCUCAGUCUAAGAUAAUAGAACCAUUACCAGGGCCGUGUACAAUGGAAUGGAAGAAGAAGGGCGAGCAAGAUUUCGGAGUUAAGCAGAAAAGCAAUCCGUCGCAUAAACCACAGAGAAGUGUUCCGCCGAUCAACAAUAAGUCGUUCCCCGUAAGCAAUAAUACCUCCAAGGUACACGAGUGUCACAGGAAGACGUCGGUAGGUAGGAAAGAAAGCACGGCAGGCGCGGAACACGUGAUCAUGGACCGAUACGGGCGACCGAUGACCGUGCAAGCCGAGACUGUGAAAGUUUUGAACCAGUUGCCGGACCUGUCGUUCUUGAAUGCGAGAACUCUGUUGUUCAGUCGCGAGCCGCGGCAGAUUGUGCCGGAUCUGGGGGCUAUGAUAAAUCGGAAGAUGCCCGGCUGAGUAACAUCGGUCUGAAUGCGAGUUUGAAAGGGCAAACGCGAGACGGGACCUCCUGAGAAAAGCUGUUGCGAGUCGGACGUUUCUACAUGACCCGUACAAUCAAAACGUACUUCUGCUACCUUUCAAACCUGUGUUCAGACCAACCUUUGAUGAUCCAACUUUGGCUCUUCCAUGUCGGAAAAAAAAAAAUGGUAAACAAAACACUGUACGUGAGACACCUGUCUACUAAUCUUAUACGCUUGUGGCACCGAGCAAUGCACUUUGAAACAUUCCGUACCAUUAUCGUUUUGUGAUUCUGUAGAUAAUCGACAUCGUUGUUGAAUUCUUUCAAGAUGCGUUUCAUUUCGUCGCGGCAAAUUAAUACGGUUGCACCAAUUCGGAAUUUAUGGCGUGUCGAUUCGUUCUGUUGGCUUAACGAAUGCGUAGUUUUUACCGGAAAUAGUAGUCUUACGUCCUUAAAUAGGUUUAAGAACUCACAUUCGGCCAUGUUCUAGUCUGCAGUUCUUAACGAUAAGUUUACAUGUAUUAUACGUUAGAAAAAUUUGUUCAGGGUGUAUAAUUUCGAUGAUGAUUGCGAUUGAGCAGAUUCCAAAGUAUUAUAUCUCUCCGUUCGUAUCAUAUUCCAAAUCUAUUAACGUUCUGGAAACUAUCCUUAAACGAGCAUACCCGAAAAUUCACCAUACAUAUUCGAGAUAUCGCGCGUACCACGUACGACGUUUCAUCUAUUACAAUUUCAAGCAAUCAUAAAUACUCCCAAUUACAUAGAAAAAAAACGCAUUUUAAGUAACUGUUCGAAAUAAAAAAAAAACUUAUACUAAUCGUAAGUCAAUUAUCGUAGAUUGACGAAAGGAAAGAUAUCUGUAAUGAAAUCGUCGAGUGAUAACAAGGAUAUCAAAUUCGCUUGAUGCUUUUAUUGCACAUUUUGAAUUUCUACUGUGAAACAAUGUACUUAAUUAUGUAAAUCGCGAAAUUUACAUAUUGAUCAUUAGAGCGAAAUGAUAAACCGAAAUAAUAUUAUCAUUAUCGAGUUCAUUAUUUAUUAAUGAUAAUAUUGUAAUAUAUAUUUUAUGUAAAAUAUUGUGGAUAACAUGAACACAUAGGCAAAUUUUUGAUGAUCGAAUCGUUGUUACUUUUCUUAACUAUUUUCACCAAAUCGUUUCUCGCGAUUUUAAGAGUCCUUGAUCUCUUUCCUAUUCCUUGAAAUUUCCUCCAAUUUUUUGAAGAUGUCGAAAAACGAUCAAAUAUUUCGUACGGUUGUUUUACUUGUACUAAAUAUUUUCAACAAGUAAAAUAAUGACCAUUUAAAUAAAAAAAAAA